GAUAUACUCAUAGCUACCACUCUACUUGUAUAAUCCAUUCUUUCUCUAUUCGCGCUGUAGCCCUGAGUUCGCAUUUUGUUUGUGUUCUGGUUCUGUACGCUUAAAGUGCACUAAAUGGUGUAAAAAGAAUGUAGUUAUGGUUGGUUCUCGCGUUUAUGUUGGCGGUCUCCCGCACGGUGUUCUUGAGCGCGACUUGGAGCGCUUCUUCAAAGGCUACGGCCCGACUCGAGACAUUAUCAUCAAGAAUGGCUAUGCCUUUGUGGAGUUUGAAGAUCAUCGGGAUGCAGACGACGCCAUUUACGAGCUCAAUGGGAUGGAGCUACUGCGUCAACGAGUGGUCGUUGAGACCGCUCGAGGCACACGCGGCCAGGCAGAUCGCUCCGACGAUCGCUUUUCAAAACGUGGUAACAACACUUCCCGAGCAUCCUCACGGUACGGACCGCCAUUGCGCACAGGGUUUCGUUUGAUUGUCGAGAAUUUGUCCAGUCGCUUAAGCUGGCAGGAUCUGAAGGACUUCAUGCGAAAGGCUGGCGAGGUCACCUUUGCGGAUGCUCACAAGCACCGUCGAAACGAGGGUUUCGUGGAGUUUGCAACGUUGGCGGACAUGAAAACUGCCAUUGAGAAGCUCGACGACACGAAGCUAAAUGGCCGCCGCAUCCGUCUUGUGGAAGAUCGUCGUGGUGGACGCUACGAUGGCGAUGCACGCAGACGUUCCCGUGCUUCUAGUUUAAGGUCACGCUCACGUUCCCGUUCACGAUCUCAGUUCAAUUGCAGAGCUUCUCGCUCACGCACCCACUCAGCCCACUCGUCUGUCAAAAAAUCAAGAUCAAGAGAGCAAUCCCGCGCUGGCUCGCCAACCACAAAAAAUGAAAAACCUCGCCCGACCGCCUGAAGAACAUGCAAUAUUAAAUACUAUAUACAAGUAUUUUUUGUAUUUGUAUUUUGUCCCAUCAGUUAUAAAGUAUUUGGUCAUCGCCAAUAAACACAAAACGAACUAAUAAUA